AUGUCUGCGCUCGUCACAUCGUCCAACAAAGAGUUGGUCAUCCGCAAGGGUGGCAAGGAGGACUGUGCCGCCAUCCUUGACUUCAUCCAACAAUUAGCUGACUACGAGAAGGAGCCCGACGCUGUGAAGGCUACUGUUGAGACGCUUGAGGAGAAUGUCUUCAACAAGGGCUACGCAGAGGUGUUGAUUGCCGAACAGCACAAGGACUGCUCUGUUGUCUCUGUGGGAAUGGUGCUUUACUUCUACUCAUUCUCGACCUGGACCUCCAAGCGCUCACUUUACCUCGAAGACCUCUUCGUGAUCCCGAGACUGCGCAACAAGGGUGUGGGCAAGCUGCUCUUCAAGGCUCUCGGACAGAUUGCGCAGCAGAAGGACUGCGCUAGGAUCGACUGGUCCGUGCUCAAGUGGAAUGCCCCGACAAUCGCAUUCUACGAGAAAGUGCUUGGAGCAAAGCCCAUGGAUGAAUGGAAGGGAAUGCGUCUGGAACAGCAAGGCAUUGCCAACCUGUCAAAACUCAUCUAG